UAUUACAUGGCUAAAGCUUUGUUUACGUUGAAUCAUGUCAUUUGUUGCAUGUACUUUGUGCAAAGUUCUUGCAAUUUUACACCUCAUUUUACCGAACGACCUCAUGAUCGACCUUCAACGAUCGUAGAAUCAGUGAUUGUUGUCAUUUCCUGAGUAAAUUCGACACAUUUCUCAAGCCAUCGCUAAAAUGACUGCGUUGUUGCUUGGCUGGUUUCGACCAUGCUUGGCUACAAAGCUCUGCGUAGUUUGAAAAAUUAUUUUCUUACUGGAAAAAUGGUUGACGCUAAGAUCAAAGAUUUCGGCUAUAAUUUAUGUCGAAAAUAUCUCGGUGGGGAAUGGAAGAAAAUCAGUCCACAACAUUUUGAAAUUGAACGAAUUCAUGGUGGAUUAACGAAUCAUUUGUUUCUGUGCUCUCUGCCACAUGAAUAUGCAAAUUCAAAUCCUGAUGGUGUGAACAAAGCACUGCUUCGGCUAUAUGGUGCAUUCUAUGCAGAUUUGUCUGACAACAAUGUUCGCAUGAUGGAAGAAUGCAUCAUUUGCGGCCUUUUAGCUGAAAAAAAGAUGGCCCCAGAGUUGUAUGGUAUAUUUCCUGAAGGAAGACUUGAACAGUUUAUUCCUAAUGUUCGAGCAUUGACUAGUCGGGAAGUCCAGUAUCCUCGUUUAUCACAACAAAUAGCUGAGCAUGUAGCUGCGUUUCAUAAGCUAAAACUUCCUCUCUCGAAGGAAGGCACUUGGUUUUUGGAUUCACUUCAAAUAUUUGUGAUGGAAAUUAAAGGUCUUAAAUUUUCCAAUGUUGAUAAAUUAAAGAUCUUGGAUGAAAUUUUUCAUAAAUUUGACAUUGAUGAAAUUCUCAAAUUUAUCAGGCACGUGGUUGAAAACAGCCAAUCACCAGUUUUCUUCUGCCAUAAUGACGUACAACCAGGAAACUUGUUGGUGAAAGCAAAUGAAGAUCUCGAUGAGGCAAAAAUUCGUGUGAUUGAUUUCGAAUAUUCGUGUUAUAACUACAGAGGAUACGAUAUUGGUAAUCAUUUCAGUGAAUGGAUAUUUGAUUAUAAUCAUCCACAUUAUCCCUUUUUUACCGGAGACGUCACCAAAUAUCCCUCUUAUGAUCAAAAGGUAUUUUUUGUCCGUGCGUAUUUACAAGCUUACAAUGAAACGACUGACGUCACGUUAGACGAGAUUGAAAAAGUUAUCGACGAAGCUGAUAGAUUGUCUCUUCUUUCUCAUUUCUUUUGGGCAAUGUUUUCAAUUCUUCAAAGUUAUAAAUCCUCGAUCAAUUUUGGUUAUCUCGAAUACGCCCUUUUUCGAAUGGAAUGCUUAAAUCAUUUCAGGCAUUUUUCCGAGGAGAAACCUGGAGACAAGUUGCGUCAUGAUAAUGGUAAAAUCCAUUGUGAUGUUUAGGGUGAACUUUGAGCCCGUCACAAGUUGCUGAUGAUCGAGAAAUUCAUUUUUUGGUGAUUAGAAAGAUUAUCAUUCAGAUGUAGCAUGUAUGUAAAUUAUGAAUAACGGGGUUUCUUUUUGAUUUUCUAAUGGGCUUAAAUGUAAGGUGUGUAUGAGUGCGUUCACUUGUGUGAAUUUUUACUCAAAUUUUCAAAUGAA